GACUGGCCGUUCCCCGGGCCGGGGGCCUCACUUAGAGAAUGGCCGCGGCUACCUGCGGCUCCACCGGUGUGACAGGCACCGGAGGCCGUUCCGGAGAGUUGUCUCAUGGCCACGUACCACAAAGAAGGAAGCGCGGAAGUGACUCCAGGCGUAGGCAGGCCGCCCUGUUCUUCCUCAAUAACAUCUCCUUGGACGGACGGCCCUUGUGUCCCGCACCGCUGCCGACAUGGGAGCCUGCCUGCACCCGGGAUGUCCAGGAGCCGACGCCGCUCUCCCCGUCUCCGCGACUGCUGCCGACUAACGGGCCCCGGCUCCUGCUCUCCCGGGACUCUCCCAUGCCGGAGGGGAAGAGCGGCCUCGGCACCCCGGCUGCUACCGCGGUGCCCUCUUCUCUAGGCGGCCCCAGCGUGGAGAAACAGAGGCGACGUCACCUGUCUCAGCGCUGCUCCCUAGAGCUUCUCCAGGAUAUUACAGAGUUUACACCAGUGCAGAGGUCCAAGCAUGUCCCGGAGUCCCCCCUACCGUCCGUCUUAAAGAAGACACACUUCAUCAAAAGCAUGAGGCACUAUGACACCCGCAACAGCAGAAUUGUCCUAAUCUGCUCCAAGAGAUCCCUGUGUGCUGCGUUCUCCAUUCUUCCAUAUGGGGAGAGCCUGCGGAUGAGUGAUCUGCGAGUGGAAGGGACAAAGCAGCGACACCCAUCUGGGGGGGCCCCCUCCAUCACAGACCCAGAGUUUGGAAUGGAAGGUGUGGAGCUGGGGGUCGAGGGCGAGGUUGUUUCUUAUGCAAAAUUUUUAUACCCAACAAACGCCCUUGUCAGCCAAAAAGAAGACAGCCAACCAUCACAGGUCAAGCUGGUUCCCCCUGACCCUUCUAAACGGACCUUCGCAAAUGCCCGAUUUACUCCAGUGUCCUCAGGAGUCGACCAUGGCACAGAGACGGACAGCACCGAAUACAAUCCUGAUAUCCUGGAUGAUCCUCAGUGGUCCUGUGGAAAACACAAGCGUGUUCUCAUUUUUGCUUCCUAUAUGACAACAAUUAUUGAAUAUGUGAAACCGUGUGACUUGAAGAAAGACAUGAACGAGAUGUUUAAGGAGAAGUUUCCUAAUGUAAAGCUGACUCUGAGCAAGAUCAGAAGCUUGAAACGUGAAAUGAGGAAUGUGGCACAGGAGUGUAACAUGGAGCCAGUCACAGUGGCCAUGUCCUAUGCUUACUUUGAAAAGCUAGUCCUGCAAAGGAGGGUAAACAAGCAGAACCGCAAACUGUGUGCAGGAGCCUGUGUACUCUUGGCUGCCAAAAUCAGUAGUGACUUCAAGAAGCCUGAGCUGAAGCAUCUUCUAGACAAAUUAGAAGAACGCUUUCGAUCUAACAGACGGGACCUGGUUGCAUUUGAGCUGACUGUGCUAGUGGCCAUGGAGCUAGCACUCUACCUCCCCGAGGCCCAAGUAUUGCCUCAUUACCGGCGCUUGACCAAGCAGCAGUAGAUGAAAUCCAGGGUUCAAACACGUUGUCCGGGACCUCCUGCCCUCUCUUGUUAAAUCUCGGAAAUGCAUCUGUGAAGCUCAGCGUUCUUUUACCACUGAAGCGGGGCAAUACGUUACUACAGCGUAUGUAUUGCACCAUGGAAAGCACAGCCGUAGCCGGGAGUAGUGGCUACCAGAGCAAAGGAUCCGGAUCUGAUAUAUACGUCAGAUUUUUGCAUAGUUGCACAUUGUAGAACCGCUCUUCCUUUAUACCAGUCCAGAUUUUUUUAUUUUUUUAACCCAUUUAAUUCUGAAUAUUAAAUUCAGAUAGUGUUUUUUUUUUUUUUUUAUAUAUAUAUGAUCUGGGUGACUUGGAUAAAUAGGAUUGGUUUCCUAUACAUGAAGUGUUUUGUGACACCUCAAAAGGACAGGGAAGGGAGGUUUAGUGUCAGUAAAGAGGGGCUUUAUUAUUCUGAGAGAUCAGAAACAAGCACAAUUAACCCUUCAGUGCCUUUGUAAUGUCUCACAAAUCACUCUGGCAUUGAGGAUGUUAAGGCGAGUGACCAUGUUACAGAGCAUUACGCCCUAUAACCAGGAUUUGUCAGUGAAUAUACACCCGUGAGUAGCUAUCGAUUGCAGCAUCUAAACCAUCUGGGAUCAGAGCCAUGUCUGGUCCCAGCCAUUGCAGCGGGUUCCGCGGUGAUGGCACGGUCCUAGCUGCAUAAUCAGAAUGAUAUAGAUGAUGUAUUUGUCAUUCUUUAAGGGGGUUGAAGAGGUUGUCCUAUCUAGAAACCUCAAUCCGCAUGGACAUCACAGGGGGGCUCCACUACUGUCAACCAUAUAUUUAUUUAUUUUUCCAUUCUACAACUACCUGCAUCAGAAGGGGUUAGUAGGAGUAGUGCUGACGUAAUUGCAUUGUGGCAUUGCACAUGAUGCCCAUAUGGCACUUUAAAUGAAUGCAUCCUAUUGUGGGGUAACCUUCUUACUCACACUCUCCUCCAUAACACAUUCCAGAAAUUAGCAUUUGAGCUAGGGCUACAUGGUGACACUGGUCACGUGACAGCUGUCACAGCCAGGAUUGCGGAGUAGCGAUGUUCCUGGCCACGACAGCAGUCACUGUGUAGCCCUAGCCCGGCUUUGACAAUUUCCUGCCUGCACCACUGCUCUGAUUAGUCGAGCGAGGGCAAAAGCUCUGCUUCCGCUGUGGAGCAGCAACUACACUUCUGGGUAGCGGCGUCUGUGCAGUUACUGCUCCAAAGCGGAGCUGCUGCCCUUUCUCUGUUAAUUGGGCAGGCAUGAAAUUGUAGUGGCAGGGCUAAAUAUCCAGCCCUGUCUGUCUCCGCAGGUGCUUCUACAACUGCAGAGACAGAAGUCCUGCUUCUCUCAGCUCACCAAGCACAGUGCCGUACAUAAUAUAGCGGCUGUGCAGGGUAUCGCAGCUCAGCCCCAUUCAAUUCAAUGGGGCAGUGCUGCUCCUAGGCCAUGUGACAGAUGAAUGUGACGUUCAGAUGGCCUAGGGGAAGCUGUGAGAACGCUGCGGCACUACUGUGCGCAACGGUGCCUUCUCAAACAGCUGAUUGACAGGGGUCCUGGGUGUCAGACUCCCGCCAAUCGGAUACUGAUGAGCCAUCCAAAGGAUAGGUCAUCAGUGUAAAAAUCUCAUAAAACCCCUUUAAACAUUUCAUGGCCUAAUUGGCUUCCAUAGAUAGCAGGUCUUGAGCUUGUUUUUUAGGCCUCAGGUUGUCAUUACAAUCUAUCAACACCCAACAUUUGCUGGGAUGAAGGGUGUCAGUCGUGCUAUCAACCGUCUUAGUAAUUGCACAUCUAUCUAUUGCAGCAUCGAAACCAUCUGGGAUCAGAGCUAUGUCUGGUCCCAGCCUUUGCAGUGGGAUCCUCCAGUUCUUAGUUCUUACAACAUGGCUGCUUUGCUACAGUUGUAGGUGCUGUCACCCAGCUUGACCAGACUUGGGCCUCUUUCACACGAGCUCGUUUUCCGCGCGCGGGUGCAAUGCGUGAAGAGAACGCAUUGCAUCCGCACUAAAUCCUGACUCAUUCAUUUCAAUAGGUCUGUGUACAUGAGCGUUUUUUCUUUUUCUUUCAAGGCAACAGUUCUGCGUUGCGCGAAAAACACAGCAUGUUCUAUCAUCUGCGUUUUUCACGUGCGGAUGCAAUUCAUUUUACACUGAUUGUUGCUAGGAGAUGUUAUUUGUAAACCUUCAGGUUUUUUUUUAAUCACGCGCGUGAAAAACGCAUUGCACUCGCACGGAAAAAACUGAACAACAUGUAAUCGCAGACGAAACUGACCGAACUUGCUUGCAAAAUGGUGCGAGUUUCACUGAACGCAUCCGGACCUAAUCCGUCACGCUUACGGAUGGAAAUUAUUCUGGGAUCAUUGAUCCACCCCCAUCGCGGUAUCCUUUUGUGUGCACAUAAGUGGAUUCAAGAGUCUGAAAAAGCUGAGUGACGAAGCUUAUAUGAGCUGUAAAGGCAGCCAUAUUGGCUUUCCCAUUAACAGACAUAACUUCAGUCACAAAUGGACGACAAAGUGGAGAUGUCUGGUUUUGAGUGGAAAUUCUCCAUGAGGAUUUUUUCAUCUCAAAGAUGCUGAAUAUGUGCAUAGCAAUGUACAUGAGCCAAGAUACAAUCUAAAGCUUAGACGUGGUAGGCAAUAAGGAGCAGUGCUCCUCGGGUCCUUCUGCGUGGAGCCAGUGCUCGGGGAUUUCUAAGAUUAAGUGCACAUAUCUAUAGCUUCCAAGUAGUCUCAAUCCAAAAAGGAAAAAACAACAACUUUUUAACAUAAUAUGCAUACUUUGUUUUUAGAGAGAUGUGCCUGAAUUUACCCUGAUCUGGUAUCAGGAUUUAUUUUAUUUAUUUCAUUAGGUUUCUAAUCUGUUAAAGUGCACCCAUCACCUGCUCACAUUGGAAGCAGCCGCACUGUGAAGGUACAAACUCAUCUUGCACAGAUUUAGAGAAUGCACACAGCCGUGUUCAUUCGGCCUAACUCUGCUGAUCAUGAGAGCGAGUUGCUUAGCAGUCCCUUUACAUUUAGCCUGGGUGACUACCAUUGGAGUACAUGGAGCUCUACAUCCAACAGUGGUCACAUUCAGACAUCAGACACAUGGGCGUAUUGUGGAUUGGUGUCCUACAAAUCUAUAGUAUGACGCUCAUAGCUAGAAUUCUGUGUCUGUGUUUUACAGAGGCAGCAGAGGUUUUCAUAGCAUGCAGGUUUGUAGUACGUCAUUGGAAGCAUUAAUUUUAGGCUACUUUCACACUAGCGUUCGAUCGGAUCCGUUCUGAACGGAUCCGCUCAUAAUAAUGCAGACGGAGGCCCCGUUCAGAACGGAUCCGUCUGCAUUAUUUUGGCAUAUAAAA